AUGCUGGCAGCUGCAGCCAGACCACAAAUCUUCACUCCAAUCAAGUUUGAACUUUCCACGAUUGACCAACAUAAGUUCUACUCAGUGCUCACCAUGCUCAGGCUUGCUCAGUGCGCUGGAUCCUGUAUUCAUGAACAUGGGCUGGCUCACAAGCGGUUACGGUCCCGAACUUCCUCGCAGAAAACCAACGGAUCGUCCCGUUUCUGCUUUUCUUGCAUACUGGAUGUGGACUGCGACGAACAGCAUACCAGUCUCACUAGAUUUUACAUUAUCUCACCCAGUUAAUUGUCACCAUGCUCAUUCGUCUCGUCCCCUCCGUAUCACAUGGCACUGUUCUCUACAACGUCUCUUUUCCUAUCAACUUUCCUAAUUUGCCUACUCCCCCUGCGUGGUCGAACCAGUUGCACCUUCUGACCUCGGUGUUGCGCCUCGAGCCUCCGCAGAAUAUCCACGUGUUCGACCGUUCAGUUGGUCUCGUCGCCCGGAUAACCGAAGUCAUAUUUGAUGUACCGGCCAAGGAGGUCGUCGUGAGCUUUGUUGAUAGGCGCAUUGAAAAGCUGCCUAUGAACUCGCAAUGCAUGCAGAUGCUUCAGGGCGUCGUUGACGACGUUAAAGCGUGUUCUGAACUGGAAUCUCGACGAGACAGCUUCGAAUGCCCCACCUCCGCUAGUAUCUGCAGCAGUGUAGUUAGUUCACAGGACAUCCCUAGUAUAUCCAGCGCGCCCCCAAAGUCUCCGAAGUUGAGCAGGCAUAAGAAGCAGCGCUCCCUGCUGUUUUCUUUGAUCUCCUCGUUGGUGCCACGUUCCUUGUCUCCGCCCCCGGCCCCUCCUCCAUCACCCACCACGCCCUACCCCUCAUCUCCGCCUCCCCUCCCCCCAAUUCCCCCUAUCACACCCCGCAAUACAUCAUUUUCCCCCAUCCCGCAAUCUCCAGUCUCCCCCUAUAACCCCGCUUUCCCACCAUUGACAGAUCCGCCGAUUCUCCGUCGUCGCGCGCGCGCUACUCUUAUCGAUGCCUGGAGACGACAUGUCGUUUCCGCGCUUUCGGCUCAUAACUAUUACGCAGGGUACACUGAAUGGGUGCUCCGUAGUAUGGCUACCGGAGCUCGCACCGAGCUGAGACAAAUCGAGAGAUCCUGGCAGCCUGGGCGCGGUGCGGCUCGCAAACAUGGAAGGACCCGAAGCGAGGGGAGAGUUGCUCUUGACUUUGGGGAGCGCGGCUCUGAGGAGACUCAAAGACAAUGGCGUGCACCUUCACCAUUUCUCGAGGAAGUUGAGGGUGAAAAUGAUGACUGCGUCGUAUAUUCUCGUCACGAACAAGCACAUGAAUGGGGCGCAAUUCGCCAUGUCCGUAAUACAAGUGCAUGCGAUGAACUGGACGCAUACGCUUUUGAGUUCAGCGUGGAGAAUGGCAGCCUCUUACGCGAGAGCUUCGGCUUUGGAACUGACGUCUUUGGUGAUAUGUGGGAUGAUGAUGACCAUAUCGCUUUUGAAAAUUUUGGCGCCCUGCACCCAGGACUGGAGCUCACCUUCGACGGACAACUCAAUUUCGACGAGGAUUUUGGAAUUGAUUACGAGGGUGGCGACUAUUAUACUGACAUGACAUUUGCUGUUAUGCCGUCCGAUGCCACUGAAGAAGAUGACUCAGAUGAAAGCCAAACAUCUUUGCGUACCCCCGAGGAUGGUGAAGUGCUGCCUUUGCCGCUCCCAGCUACAUUACCAGGAUUGUCUGGUGCAUGCUUUCAGCAGCGCAGUCAUUCUGACUCCGUUCCGAUGGCUGUCUCAAAAACUACUUCUUCUCAUCCAAAAACUCGGCCUCUUCAUUCAAGCCCCGGAUACCCCUCUACUGCGCCGCAUGUCUGUGCCAAGCCUACUGCCGCGGUGCCAUGGAACUACCGAUCGGUGAUGCAUCCGCAGAAGUUACCCGCGCAUUUCCCUUCAUCACCGUCGCGUCUGCCCAAGUGCAUGCCCAUUCCGAAUGUGGAAGAACUUCUUUCCACUCGUGUUGCCUUCCUUUCGCGAAUUCGAAAUGCUCUAACUUUCGUACGUGCUCGUGCACGUGAGGAGCAUUGGGGCUUAUUAUGGUCACAAAACUCUUUUGGGUGUGGAUUGAUGGACCCUGAGUCUGAGGGGCAACUUGAAAUUAGGGCACGCAGGCGUGCAUGGAGUGCAGGCAUCAAGGUCACUGCGGCUUCUGCGCCAACCUUAUUUUCGGUCGCUGUCCCGGGUUCUGGCCCGGGUGCGAGGGUAUGGGAUGGUUCGGUCCCAUCUGCUGCGCAAUUUCCUUAUCGACCUCCUGGGCUCACACCACCUGUGACAAAGGUGAAUGGACCGAUUAUUCCGACUGGCCUUCUGUUAGGCAGACCUGUCAGGCGGUCACCAUUAGCCAUGUACGUGUGGAGUGCAGAUGAUGUGGCUAAGCAAGACACUGCACGCCAGGGCAAGUACGGAGAUAUUGGCCUGAAACGUGGUGGAGAAACAGCAGCUUCGAAACGCCCCCUGCGCGUUUCGUUCCUCGAGAGUCCCACUAAGUUGCUUCCUGUUCGUGAGGAAGGGGACGAUGAGGAAGGGUAUUCCGAAAGGAGAACCUCCAAGAUCGACUUCCCGCAAAGCCCUACGUCACCGACUUCACCUGCUAAAGUUACAUCUGUCAUCACUCCGGAUGAAAGAUUCGGUGUCAGCCAGGGAGAUGUCAGUGUGACUGAUGAUCCGUUCUUCAGCUCUCCCUUUCAUACGCGUGCGCGGACUACAAGCAUGUAUCCUUGCUCUCAACCCCCACAGGAGCUCCCUAUGUUUAGGCCACGGACGCCUCCCCCAUCAUAUCAGGCUGCCAUUGGUGACGAUAACACUGAUGAUGAUGAGUCCGACGAUGGAACACUCGAUGCUUGUGCACUGUUAUUCCAACCUCUUUCAACGCUGCGCUUGACCUCGCCCACAAAAACUACGCCUACACGACCUCCGCUGGUAACAGCUCCGUCAUUCACUCCUCGAGUUCGUGCUAUGUCCUUGCCCACGUGCCCAGCUCGCCCGCGUAGUCCAUCUCUCUCAUCGAGGUCGAAUGACGAGGAUUGCCAAGAUCUGUCACAAGCUUACGCUGCGCCACCACCACCAGCCACCCCCAUUGCUGCAGCGCUACCCGUUGCAGUGACCGAGUCUCACCUCACUUAUGCGCACCUUCAUGCUCCGGUGCCUAUCUGUGGGAAAGCCAGCGUGACAAAAGGCAUGUGUGAGAAGGACAAGGGAAUAGCAAGCCAGGAGGUGGUCUUCGAGCGGAACGGGGAAGAAUAUACUUUGGGUCUGGAAGUGGCAUUGGGUAGGGCAGAGGAAGGACGUUCUGUGUGGUGAACAGGAGAUGCGGUUUAACGCUGUUGCAUAGAACCAAAACUCGGGAACCGACUACUAACUGCUCUAAUCCUUAUUCGUGUCUAUCAUGCUUUCUUGUGCAUCAGCUUUCGCGUUUUCGCCCCCGUAAGAUCUUAAUUGACGCAUCUCCGGCUUCUGCCUAAUAGUCAGCGUUAUAAUGCUUUCACCUACGCCAUCAGAUAUAUUGAUCGAAUUAACUGGCCAUGUGUCGCGUAGUCCCAGUAGGCCUGGAACUUUCAUCGCUCAAUUGAUCCGCGCUUAGGGUCAUAAAAUUCAUUCAUUUUGAGCUUGACGUCUUGCGACCCGCCAUCCUUCAUUAAUGUGCAUGUAACAUACGUUUCUGC